AGAGAGAGAGAGAGAGAGAGAAAGGGAGGACACAACUCUGUCAAGAGGACACGGGAGGAGUGGAGAAGGCGAGGAGGACGAGGAACAGGAGUAGGUAAGGAGAGCAGGAGGAGGACGGUGUUGCAGCCAUGUCUGACACACCUUUGCAGAGGAACGGCACAGCAACAGCACCGAUGUCGUGUGAGGAGGCUCAGCUCCACAAAGAGAGGCUGCAGGCCUUGGCGGAGAAGCGAAAACGGCAGACUGAGAUUGAAGACAAAAGGAGUCAGCUCGAUGACCUGGUACUACAACUACAGCAUCUCAAGUCCAAAGCCAUGCGUGAGCGAUGGCUGCUCCAGGGUAUGGGAGUGGAGGAAGAAGAGGUAAGGCGGAAACAGCUGGAACAGGACGAAGAACAAGGGAAGAGGCUGGAAGACCUCGUACAAAGGCUCGAGUCUGAAAUCGGUGCACUUGAGAGUGAAGAGUCCCAGAUAUCAGCCAAAGAGCAGGUCCUCAGACAACGUCUGAAAGAGACGGAGCGCUCCAUAGAAGAUCUGCAGAAGAGUCUGAUGAACCAGGAUAAAGAUGCCACCGGCUGCAUGUCCACCGCUCUCUCGGAUCCCAAUCCAGACCACUUCAUCCUGGUAACGCAGCCUCCGGCCGGCCAACUUGCCUCUGGAGAGCACGCCAUACCAAGACCUGCAAUGUUUGCCAUGGAGAUCAACGUAGAGCAUGACCCGCAGACUGGAGAGCAGCGCGUCCUGUCAGCCAAUCGUGUGAACCCGCUUGACGCUGGGACGCGUGGGGUGAAGGUCUUCGAUGAUGGCAGGAAAGUGGUCUACGAGGUCACGUCCUCUGGGGGGGUGUCCACCACCACAGUGGAGAACGGUUGGAGCUCUGCGCAGGUUGACCAGCUGAUCAAGCGAGCUGCUAGACCUGUCGCACACGGUGGAGACGGAGGCAGGGGCCAGGUGACCGUGACCCCGGCCGCACCGCAGGCCUAUGUUUCCCCGUUAGAUAUUGAUGAUCUGUCUCCACCUUCCUGUGCGCCACCCUCCAUCCCUUCAAGCCCACCAGCCCAGGUGAUCCUCCAACGGGAGACCCGGGUCGGCAUGAUGCCCCCAUCAGCCCCAAUCACGGCCCAGCCCGGCUCCUCAGCCAACUCAGGCUCCGAGCUCACCUCUCCUCCCCAAGCCACAGCUGAGCACCCAGUCACCAUGGUGUUCCUCGGUUACCAGGACGUUGACGACAUGAGCGAGAGCAGGCGGCUUCUUGGUUUUGACGGCGCCGUAAAGGCCGAGGUGGUCUUGAUAGAUGAAGAUGAUGAGAAAUCCCUGAGAGAGAAGACAGUCACUGACCUAUCCAUCAUUGACGGCACUGCCGCCGACCUCGUGUCAGGGCGGCCAGCCACAUCUGAGGCCGCAAGCACGGAACUGUCAUCAGACGGCCGUGAGCCUGACAGUGCCUCCUCGCCCCCUGCAAAUGCUGACCCCAACACAGCACCCCCACCUGGCCUCACCCCUUCCACAGGUUACAGCCAAACACCAGGGGUUACUGUGACAACAGCAAAUGGAUAUCAAGCUCCCAUUCUGACCAGACAUCCCCAUGCUGCCAUGAAAUCAUGGCGGGCUGCAGAGGAUGUCAGUGACCCCGUACCAAGAGAGCGAGCCUUGAAGAGCGUCAGUUUCCAGGAGUCAGUCAGCGUUAUAACAGACAGACCGGCAAACAUGGAGGUGGAGAGCCAGCAGAUCCAACAUGACUACCUUAGCAGCCCCUCUAACAGAGCCCACAAUGCAGUUAGUGUGAAGGUAGAGACUUCUGACAGCGAGGUGGUGCAGGAGAUCCGCUACCUGGACCAGGUUUUGGACGCUGCCUCAGAAACACCCACCAAUGGGAACUCCUCUCCAUCAGAACACACCAGACCCAUAAGCGUUGACGGCCACUCCCCCUCUGUGUGCGUGUCGGCCUCCCCUCCUGUCAAUCAUCACGUCGUCGUUGAGGGCCAGAGGCAAACCACAUUCCUGCACCAGGUUGACUCGGCUGUGAGGACCAACGGCCACGUGCUGGGAGAGGAGUCAGGGAGCAGCAGGGCCAAGUUUGAGCUGAGAGCGUUUCAGGAAGAGAAGCGGCCAGCGAAACUGUUCUCCCCUGGAGAGGAGCAGCAGGUCCGUGUGACGAGGAGGCGACCCUCAGAGGAGGUUCAGGAGCUGGAGCGGGAGCGCCAGGAGCUGAUCAAAGGCCAGGCAGUAAAGAAAAACCCCGGGAUCGCCCAGCGCUGGUGGAACCCACCUCAGGAGGUUCCUUUGGAAGAGCAGCUGGAUGCUGAUCAGCUCGAGUCUCUCAAGAAAUACCAGGAGAGGAAGCAGCAGAAACAGAAUUACACCUAUCCAUAUGCACAGCCCCAGUUGUCCGGUCCUCCCACAAUGGUGACAUUUGACCCGGAACUACACAGCAAGGAGGACAUUGUGGAGGAGCAGAUCGACUUUUCAUUAGCCAGGAAGCAGUUCCUGCAGGGCGAUGCCACCAGGCGGGACAUAGCUCCUCACAUAUACUCCGCCAAACCUUUUUCUAAAUCCAUAACCAGGGGCAGCCAGGGGGGCAGUGACUUUGUCGCAGAAACAGGAGACGGUCACGUGUCCUGGUCUGAUGAAGGACUGGCAGGGGAAUUUACUUGUGCGCGGGCUGUAAUGACAAUCCUUCGUGAGGACGAGGAAGGGAAGAGCCAUUUCCAUUCAGCUUUUCAUGCUGAGGAGUCCGACUCAGGAUUGGACGAGCUGUCUGUCCGUUCUCAGGACACUACUGCCUUCAGCCUGGAUAAUGUUUCUGACAGUGGGGCUUCACUACCACCUACUCCUUUGCCUCUCACCCCAUCAUCACCGCCUACCCCUCAGCCCACCACGCCAGUCAAUGGGCAGUCCAGUGGCAUUCCAACAGAAGACCAGCUGGAGUACCAAGCUGGGGUGCUGGUCCAAAAUGCCAUCCAAAAUGCCCUGGCAGCUCAGAAUGGAGAGGAGUGGCAUCCGUCUGGCUUGAAUUCUUCACAACUGAGCGCCCCUGUUUCUCCAUCCACGGCUUCUACGAGCAGCCCAGUGCCAGUUUCUUCCUCUCCUGUGUCUUCUGGUGGAGCUCCAAGUCUUCAUUCGCCCAUGUCGUCCAGCCCUGCGCCUCUGAACCUGUCCCCUCAGCCAGAGAGAUGCCCCGAUGUAAGAGUCAUCUUCGAGGAGAAAGCUUUUGAGUCACAACAGGCUCCAGAGCAGCUGCAGCCCUCCAGUCCACCGCAGCAGCCACAACUCCAGGCACCUUCUCCACCUCCUACUCAGCCUGUCUCUCCCCCACAGAGAGCCAAAGAUGGAGGCCCUAGGAUCAAAAUCCAGUCCUCUUACGCCAGAGCACUUGCCUCCUCAGCCCCAACUCCAGCGCCAGCUCCAACUGCUGCCCCUGCCCCAGCAGCUCCUGUUCCCAGGCCGGCCCCAGUCUACCGCCCCCCUUCACCUCCGAGCCCGGAGAAACCUGAGUAUAGCUACUUCAGUAAAUACUCAGAGGCGGCCGAGCUGCGCAGCACAGCGGCAGCAUCCCGAGCCCCUGAGGCUGAGCCAGCCAGUGGGCCAUUCCGCCUGCGCUCCAAGAAGCAGCGAACUUUGUCGAUGAUCGAGGAGGAGAUACGAGCAGCUCAGCAGAGGGAGGAGGAGCUAAAGAAACAAAGGGAGGCACAGCCGGUCAGUAAUGUCCGCGCCAGCAACAUGCCAGGCAGCGGUCACGGCAGCGUGAGGACGGGGACGCGUCAAACCACCAUUUCCCCAGCAGAUAAGAAGAAGAGCAACAGCCUGCCUGCUAGACUCACACUGACAGCGAAGACAGCACCAGGAAAGAUUGAGAAGGUUCGGCCUGCACCGCCUGUCUCACCCUCACCCUCAGAAGGAGCCCUGUCCGACGCCGGCAGUGAGGACUCUGGAGGAUCUCGCCCCAAAAACUUCAUGCAGACCCUCAUGGAGGACUAUAAGACACACAAUGUUAAGAGGAAGGAGAAACUGGAGGACAACAGUUAUGCCCGUUUGUUGCUGGCUAAAGAGGUAACCACUGAGGUCCUCGAGGCCACUCGCGUCACAAGGAGGAAAAGCGACAUGGCCAGGAAGUGGGAAGCAGGCAUCUAUGCCAACGAGGAAGGAGAAGAGGAAGAAGAGGAGGAGGAGGAGGAAGAAGAAGAAGAGGAGGAGGAGGAGUAAAAUGCUACUUUUAGAUACAGUUAAGGGAGGAUGAAAAGACUAAAGGAAAAGACAUCAAGGAGAAGAGGAAGCGAGUGCUUUAAGGACAAGAAAGGAAACAGUAUUUAUUUCACUUAUAGUAUUCUGAAGAUCACAUGACCCAUUGGGGUCUCAUUUAAGAGAUGCAUCAAGUGCUGGUUUGUGGCCCUGAGGAUUGAAGGAGCAAAAGUAUGUUAAGAGACUGAGUUAGUGAAAAACAUAUGAAGUGUUGAGAUGAGUUUAAAGAAAGUCGGUGAUGCAAGAGACACUUUGAAGGAGUUUUUUUUUCUAUGGUGGUUUAAGAGCACUGUUCCGGAAACAUGUUUGGGAUAAAAGGUUUUUAAUAGAUUGUAGACGCUGAAUGACUUAAGUAUUCAUAGGAUUGUUCAUUCACCUGUAACUUUUUUUUAUUGAACUACAGGUUGAGAUGUAAAGAUUUUAUUAAGCCAGGUUUGCCUGAGAGUUAAAGUUGUUGGUUUGGAAGAGGGGUGCUUAAUAUAAACCCUAGUCUUCUCGAAAAAAAAAAGAUUGCAUGGAAUGGAAAAGAUGGUGUGUGCGGAGUGACUAUAAAGAUUUCAAGAAAAAGGAAAAAAGUGAAGCCUGAUCACACGGUCGUACACAACAUCUGUCAUUUCAAAUAUCUUAACCUGGAUUUUGGAACGCUGAAUGCUUUUUGAUCUCUAUGUGAAGCAGAAGCAUCACUUUCAAAAAUCCGUAAAGAUUUAUCUCCUGCAGGUCCUCCUGUGCGUUACAUGUUGGCGGAGCUUUGCAAUCCCAGUGUCUGUGUUCAAUCUUAAAGUGCCCAUUCAAGGGUCAGCCUCCAUGAGCUGUUAAAUGCUAGCAAUGAAAGUAGCUUAACUAGCAUCAAUGUUCAACUUUGCCUUAGAACAUCAGUGAUUGUUGGAUGCACACUACAGUAUGUAUGAUGUGUGUUUUCUUCUGCUAUUCUGCAUUACUACAGUUUCAGUAGACUUUAGAGAAAGUACAAAACUAGAUUAUAGAUCUGUGUGUAAAAACUUUUCUUCAGUGACUUCACGUCUGGUAGAAGUGUUAGUGUUAGUUAAAGAGAUGGGGAGGAGGGAGGCUAAGUGGGGGGUCAUGUUUGCGCCACUUCAGUCAGCGUUUGUAUUUAAUUAAAGGGCUGUGUCGGGGGUUUUAUACUCUAGAAAUCACAUAUUUUACCUUUGCUGGCUACGUCGCUUUCGUGACCUGUGCUUUCUGAUGUAAGCAGUUGUUUCAUGUAUUAUACUGAGGUAGGACUGUGUAUUUGAUCUAUGAACAUAUACAGUAUGUUGGUGUUCCAGGUGGGCAACUGCCAUGUAUCUGCUAUACCUUGUUAGCUGAGGAUAUAGUUUGAUGAAAGAGAUAUUGAAAAAAGGCGUUUUUAUAAAUAUUUGUUAUACCAAAAACAGAAUGUUGCUAUUUAGUAAGCCUUUGCUUUUCAAGCCUAUUGAAGAGGUUUUGAUUGUGUGCACGUAAUGACACUCCUAUCCAAACCUGAAACAAGCACACAAAACGCUGCGACAACAGGUUGAAUGUCUGUUCAAGGGGAGAUUCAGGAGUUGAGGUUGUCCUUUUUUUUUUUUUUUUUUUUACUAAAUGUAUUGAGAGGUGUUUUUUCUGUGCAGAAUUAUGAGAUUUUCUGCUUUGUGAUAUGAGAGAAAAAUAACUGCAGUUACAGGCCUCUGUGAGCGUGGUGAUACUGUGGACUCACCUGGUGUGGUAAACAAAGUUCAUCUUCAAAACUGAUACAGGAAACACAAGUAAACAUAACUAGAAUAAUCCUAGGAGCCUACUGGGAUGCCUCUAAAGUACAUGUCUAAGUAAAUAUGUGCCUGGUUGGCUGUGGAAACAGUAUUUCAGUACCACUUAAUCUGAAAAUUGGAAAAUGAAUUGUACUUUACAAUCUUUGAUAGCUUGUCUUUUGAAGCCCAUGGGAUUUUUUUUUUUUUUAGGCAGAUGGUGAUAAAGAUGUUCCAGUAAAGAAGAGGUUAGUUUUGAUCGCCACGUCUAGAGUGUCCUGCUCAAGUGUCCUUCAGCAAGGGACUAACCUUUAGGAACUAACCUUGCUCACACUGAAUAAAAUCCUCAGAGAAAUGUCUGAAUGAUGAAUGUGCACUGAGGUAAAAUUGCACACAUAAAAAAGGAAAUAUUGGACACAAGCGAACAUUCAACAGUAAUGAUGACCAUGUUAUAUUUAUUGGGGGAAGCCCCGUCCUGAGCGCAGGACAAGUUUAUCCACGCAAUUGAUCUGCAUUUAUUUAAUGAUCUCUUUUAACACGCUCUUUGAGGGAAGCGCAGUGCCAGUGUCAUCAACCUAAAGCAAAAAAAAAACCAUGGACUCGUGCCUCUCUGUGAUGUGCCCAUUUCUCCUGAAACACAAAACCCACAUCCAGAUAAUUCUCCUGGUUCUUGUUUUAAUACAUGCAUAAAUAAUAUAUGAAGUGAAGAAAACUAUUUAAAGUGGUUGUAUCCCUUUCGUAAUGAGAGGUUUUUGUGGUACAGCAGAAAUAGUGUUUAGCCCACAAAUUCAACAGGAGCAACUAAUGCUUACCUGAGAUUUAUGUUGCCACAUGAGUUAGAGGGCAAAAGAAAAGAAUAUGUCCAAACGAUAGCAGAGUGACAGAAAGACCAUUUAUGUCCAGACAUCAGGAACAUUAUUUGUACAGUCAGACGGUAAGAAAAUAAUCAUUUCUAUCUGAGAGACGUUUGAUUUUAGAGGUCACAUAAAAACAGAUACAGCUCAAAUUCAAAGACCAGUAGGCUAUUCUGAAUGCAAGUUAAGCAUCCAAUGUGUCUGUGCUUUAUUCAUAGUAACGUUUUAAAUAAGAAAAAGCAAGCAGCAACUUCUGUACUUUACUGUAGCUGCAGCAGCACAUGGGAAAACUGUGUUAAUAUACACAUACAGUAUAUACACACACACACACACACAUAAACUUUCCUCAUGUCAGUACACUCACAUCAUUGUUUUGAGUUCUCAUUUAGAACAUAAUGCUUUUGAAAUGGUAAUCAACAUCACACAUGCACAGGGGAAAUGAAAUGAUGUGAUUGCUUAUUAAAAAUUAUGAAUAAUAAUAUUAUUAUUAUGAGGCUUUUGAUGUUUGAAUUCAUGGUGCAGAGAUGAUUUAUUUAUCAUUAUUUUAAAUGCUGUUAGCUUGUUUUGUUUUUUUUCACCUGCAGAAGCGCCGUGCUUCGGUAUGGGACUCACACACUGUCUGUGUGUGAUGCAGCGAUCUUAUUCUACACUAUACAGCAUAACCUCUGUCCCUAUGUUAACCACUUGUAUGCUCAUACUCUGCUUUGUUAUUUUAUAGCACAUGUAAGGCUCACAGUUAUACACCUACUAUACAUAUUAUGAUUAUUUUCUCAUUAAAAACAAAAUCAGUACA